AUGGCUGUCUCUCCUAAGAGAACGGCUCUGAGCGGAACGGAGUUGAUGCAUGCAGAUGACCAGCACAAUGUUCAUUCCGAGGUCGCCCCAUCAAUCUCGGUCACGACCACCUUCCGCGCUCCGCAUCCCGAUAGCGUAAAGACGCACGAAAUCGACUGGCAGAAUCCAGAACGUCACCUGUAUUCGAGGUACACCCAGAGCAACAGUACCAGAGCCGAGAAGGUGCUCAGCAAGAUAAACGGCGGUCAUGCGAUUACCUAUGCGUCGGGUCUAGCUGCGGCAUACGCUGCCCUCGUCUUCUAUAAUCCCAAGCGUGUUGCUAUCACAAAUGGUUAUCAUGGCUGCCACAUGACAAUCGAAGUUAUCAAGCAGUUGCGACCCGAUCUGAAGGUUAUCGACUUGGACCAGCCGUACCAGGAGGGUGAUUUGUGCUGGCUAGAAACCCCGCUGAACCCCACUGGCGAAGUGAGGGAUAUCAAGUAUUACGCCGACAAGAUCCACAGUGUCGGAGGAAAUUUGGUGAUUGAUGCUACCUUCGCGCCGCCACCCCUGCAGUACCCAUUCAAAUGGGGCGCAGACUGCGUAAUGCACAGCGGGACCAAAUAUUUCGGCGGACAUUCUGAUCUUCUCGCUGGCGUUCUUGUCGUCCAAACCCAAGAAGAAUGGAACAAGCUAUGGAGCAAUCGUACAUACAUGGGCAACAUGAUUGGCUCUUUCGAAGCUUGGCUCCUCCUUCGUUCACUCCGGACUUUACAUCUUCGUGUCCCUAGACAAAGUGAAACCGCCACCGCUCUCGCUCAAUGGCUUGCGAAGAUUGCAGCGGCGAAGCCAGGGACGCUCGUUGAUGGCGUUCCCGGCGGGAUCAUAGAGACGGUCUGGCACUCCUCGUUACAGGGCAAGAAUGAGCGAGGAUGGGAUCCAAAAGAUCAGAUGGAGGGCGGCUGGAAUGCUACUUUCUCCAUCUUCAUGAAGGACACCCGGCAUGCAGAACUACUUCCGCAUGCACUGAAGUAUUUCGUGCCGGCUACGUCGCUAGGUGGUGUCGAGUCCCUGAUAGAACAGCGCCGGCAAUCCGACCCAGGCGCCGAUCCACGCCUCAUUAGAAUCAGCGUCGGCAUCGAGGACUUAUCGGACCUGAAAGACGACAUGCGUAGGGCACUCCAAGGCCUCGUCAACGAGAAGGCGAAACUCUAG